AUGCCUCCCCACGCACGACCGGGCCACAAGGGCCAAAAGCCCAAGCCUAGUCUGAAGAACGGCCGCACCGAGCAACGGCAACAAAAACGCAAGAGAGAGCAAGAGAGUAUCCAAGACCUCGAGCAAAAAGUAACCGACUUGGACCCCAAGUCAGAAAUCAAGAGCUUUUCGGACCUUCCUCUGUCCACUCCGACCGCUACCGGCCUCGAGGCCUCUCACUUCCAGACCCUCACCGAUGUGCAAUCCCGAGCUAUUCCUCUCGCCCUCAAGGGCAAAGAUGUCAUGGGCGCUGCCAAGACAGGAAGUGGAAAGACGUUGGCCUUUCUUAUCCCCGUCCUCGAGAGGCUCUACCGCGCUCAAUGGACUGAAUUCGACGGAGUUGGUGCCAUAAUUGUGUCCCCCACUCGAGAACUCGCCGUUCAGAUUUUCGAUGUCCUCAAAAAGAUCGGCCGGAACCAUUCUUUCUCAGCUGGUUGCUUGAUCGGUGGAAGGAGCUUGAAGGAGGAGGCGGAGCGAUUGGACCGCAUGAACAUCUUGAUCUGCACACCUGGUCGUAUGCUGCAGCAUCUUGAUCAGACAGCCGGUUUCGACGCCAACAAUCUGCAGAUGCUGGUUCUCGAUGAGGCGGAUCGCAUCAUGGAUAUGGGUUUCCAAUCUGACGUUGAUGCGUUGGUCGAGCAUCUCCCCAAGACACGGCAAACACUCAUGUUCAGUGCCACCCAGAGCAAGAAGGUCUCUGACCUGGCUCGUCUCAGUCUCAAGGACCCCGAAUACGUCUCCGUCCACGAAGCUGCCGUCAGCGCUACGCCUACAAACCUCCAACAACAUUACAUCAUCACACCUUUGACCGAGAAGCUCGACACCCUUUACGGUUUUAUCAAGGCCAAUUUAAAGAGCAAGAUCAUUGUCUUUUUAAGUUCAGGCAAGCAGGUCCGAUUCGUAUACGAGAGUUUCCGUCAACUUCAGCCCGGUAUUCCUCUGCUCCACCUUCACGGACGACAAAAGCAGAUCGCCCGAUUGGAGAUUACCCAGCGGUUCACUUCCGCCAAGCAGACAUGCUUGUUCGCUACAGAUGUCGUCGCGCGAGGAAUUGAUUUCCCUGCUGUCGACUGGGUUAUUCAAGCCGAUUGCCCCGAAGAUGUCGACACCUACAUUCACAGAGUUGGUAGAACAGCUCGUUACCAAAGCAACGGUCGCGCAGUGCUGUUCUUGGACCCUAAUGAAGAGCCUGGCAUGUUGAAGAAAUUGGAGCAGAAGAAGAUUCCCAUCCAAAAGGUUAAUGUGAAGGAGAAGAAGAAGAGGAACAUCAAGGACCACCUACAAAGCAUGUGCUUCCAGAACCCCGAUCUCAAAUAUCUUGGACAAAAGGCUUUCAUCAGUUACACACGGUCAAUCCAUCUACAAAAAGACAAGGACGUCUUUAAAUUCGACAAACUUGAUCUUGACGGCUUCGCUGCCAGUCUUGGUCUUCCCGGUACACCUCAGGUCAAGUUCCGAAAGGGCGACGACAUUAAGAGAAUAAAGAACGCUCCUCGACAGGGUAUGUCGAGUGGUGAUGAAUCCGAUGAGGAUGGUGAGAAGAAGGCCAAGAAGAAGGGCGAGGUGCGCACAAAGUACGACAAGAUGUUUGAGCGAACAAAUCAGGACGUUCUGUCAAGUCAUUACAACAAGCUUGUGCUUGACGGCGAUGACAAGGAUGACGAGGAGGAUGAUUUCUUGUCAGUAAAGAGAGUGCUGAAGGAUGGUGAUCUGGAUGCCGAGGCGAACAACGCAUUCAAGAGCUCAGCAAAGAUCAUUGAGGGUCUCGGUGGCGAAGAACCUUUCGUCGUGGACUCAAAGCGUCGCGAGAAGGCUCUCAAGUCAAAGAAGAAGAUGCUCAAGUUCAAGGGUAGCUCCAGCAAGACUGUCUUCGACGAAGACGGCAACCCUCACGAAAUCUACGAGCUCAAGGACGAGGACGAUUUCAUGGGCGAAGGUCCAGCCGAAGAACAACGCCGCAAAUUCGUCGAAGGCGAGACAUCGCGUGUCAAGGAAGCAGAUGUCGAUGACAAGGCCCUUGCUAAACAAAAGCGUCGCGAGAAGCGCGAGAAGCGCAAGGCUGCCGAGCGAGCAGAGCGCAUGGGUAUCGUGUCAGACGACGAGGACGCGCCCAUGUUGCACAAUGCAGACGACGGCGAAGAUCCUUUGGCGCUUUUGCGAUCGCUGCCUAUGGGCGAUGGGUCGGACAGCGAGGGCGACAGGGAGCCGCCCAAGAAGAGGGCCAAGAAGUGGUUCGAGGACGACUCGGAGGACGAGGGGAAGAAGAGCAAGAAGGGCAAGGGCAAGGUUAUCAGGGUGCAGGAAGAGCCGGAGACGUUGGAGGAUCUCGAGGCACUUGCCACGGGAUUGCUGGAUUAA